AUGCCGCCCAAGAACCAACGGCGGUCGCACACCAAAAGCAAGAACGGGUGCUCCCAGUGCAAAGUGCGGCGAAUCAAGUGCAACGAAGUACAUCCGAUAUGCUCCAACUGCGAACGGCGGCAGAUCUUCUGUGACUUCUCACAGUCGCCAGGUGUUAGCAGGUCACCGAGUACCAUUGCCAACGGCCAUGUCAACGGCCCCAAGACAGGAUGCGGCGACCGAGCCGAAUCCGCCGACGGCGAAGCCAGACGAAAGCUAUCACAGCAUGUGAUUGAUCCAUUCCUACAGCCUGAUCUGGUCAGUAAUAAAAAGACUACUGAUCUGGAUGUCACGGAUCUGAGGCUCAUGCAUCAUUUCACGGCUUGGGUGGCUCCCAAUCUGGCUAAUUCUCAUACCCCCGAAGCUCUAGCAUUAUGGCAGGAACAUGCCGUCAAGCUGGGCUUCAAACACAAUUUCCUUCUGCGCGGUAUUCUGGCCGUCGCUGCAUUUCACCUGGGCUAUCUCUACCCCGACAGGAAAGCAGAGUACGAUUUAAUCGGUACGACGCAUCAGACCAUCGGCCUCAAAGACUUUCAAGAAACCCUCGCACACGUGGACGAAAGCAACUGCCAUGCUCUCUUCGCCUUUUCCUGUCUCCUCAUCGUGCUUGCAUUCGCCUCCAGCGCCAAGGACAAGCCAAAAGACUUCAACACCAAUGUUGUACACUGGUUCUACCUUCUGAGAGGUGCGAAUAUUGUCCUGAAUAUGCACUCCGAAACAAUUCAAUGCAGUUUCUUGAAGCCUCUGCUCGACGAGCUGUCCCACAAUGAGACCACGGCGGCCUAUACGGUCCAAGAUACCGAUCAAAUCACCAAGUUGUUUCGCAUCUGCAGCUUGCCAGAGCAUGAUAAGGAAUCAGCACACGCUCUGGAUCUUGCGAUUCAUUCGUUACUCAGCACUUUCAUACAGGCUUCUGUUUUGAGAGCCCGAGGCGAUUCAACGCUGUUGACGGCCUUCGUCUGGCCCAUCAAUCUGCCGCCAAAGUUUCUGGAGCUGUUGGGUGAACAACAGCCUGCAGCCAUGGUCAUAUUGGCGCACUAUUGUGUGAUCAUGUCGUGGGGAGAAGCCAAGGAUCCAAACGAUACUUGGUUCAUCAAUGGAUGGGCCAGAUACAUUCUAGAGUCGGUGCAGGAAUCGGUGCCAGAAGCCUGGCAAGAGCACCUUCAAUGGCCCAUAGCAAAUUUUGAGGCAAUCGAUGGAUCUAGGUCAUUAAUAUUGGAUGGAUUCGAGCAUCACGCUAGCGAGGGUCUGCGUGACGACUGA